UUUGAAUUUAUUGUCAGCGAGAAGUUAAAAUACAUGGUACUGAAGGAGUAAUUUCCAUUGUAAACAUCUGUCAAUAACUGAAAUAACGCAUAGACUAUGCUGAUCUUUUCGGAAUAAAGAUUUCUCAUAAGCUUUUUUGAAAUGAGCUGGGUUGUAGACGAGUGGAAGGAUGGGCUUCCCACCAGAGCCCUCCAAAAAAUCCAGGAAAUGGAAAGCCAACUAGACAAACUGAAAAAGGAAAGACAACAAAGACAGUUUCAGCUGGAAUCCAUGGAAGCCGCUUUCCAAAAGCAAAAACAAAAGGUGGAAAAUGAGAAGAAUGAGGUGACAGCAAUAAAAAGGGAGAACCAGUGUCUAGUGGAAUCCUGUAAUAAUCUUGAAAAGACCAGACAAAAGAUCACCCAUGACCUGCAAGUGAAGGAGCAGCAGGUCAAUAAUUUGAAGGGGGAAAUCUCUUCCAGCAAGAAACUAGUUGAAAAACUGGAGCAUGAACUGAAAAGGUGCAAGUUAGAUCUUGAAAGAAAUCCGGAAACAAGUGCAUUGGUAGAUUUGCAGCAAUGUGGAUCUCCACAAAAAAGCUUUGCUGCUCCUCUCACACCAUGUCAAAGACUAAAUGAUUCAAAACUAGAGGUCUUGCAAGAAAAAUAUAAUAAAGAAGUUGGAGAAAGAAAAAGACUGGAAGCAGAACUAAAGAUUCUGCAAGUUAAAAUAAUAAACCAAUCAUCAGUGAGUCGCAAAGAUAUUGCAAGGCAUCAGGCUGCAUCUUCUGUUUUUCCAUGGCAACAGGAACAAACACCAAGUCGACAGUCGCACAGCUCUCUGGAAACACCCUUGAAAAGUGGUUCUGGUACCUCAGGUUUUUUAUGGGAACAAGAAGAAACCCCCUACAAAUGUGAUGUGAGAUCUGCAAAGAAAGUGCCCGGCAAUAUCCCUUUCAAUGACGGUGCAAACUUUCAACAGGAUGAUAAUCUAAAAGACGUAAUAAAUCAAGAUCUGAAAACAAAAGUAUCUGAAUUGGAGCUUUGCCUUCAGGCUCAAGAAAAGGACAUGAAAAACCAUAUGAAUAAACUUUCUGAAAUACAACGACUGUAUGAGAAAGCAAAGUUGGAACUUGAAGAGAAAGAUAAGAACCUGAGUAAAUGCAGAGAUGAACUGACCAAGGUCACUGGGCAGUUUGACCAAACUACUACUAAGUGUACACUGGUUGAACAGAAGCUGAAACAGUUAACCGAGGAGCUUAGCUGUCAAAGACAUAAUGCAGAAAAUUCACGGCUUGCAUUGGAACAGAAAUGGAAGGACCAGGAAAAUGGUUACCAGAAGGAACUUGCGCAUCAACAGAAUUCUCUACAGGAUCUGGAUAAACAACUAAACCAGAUGAAAACGAAAAUGAGCCAGGAGUUGCAGCAAGCCAAGAAUGAAUACAAUGCUCUGCAAUCGGAAAUUGAUAAAGUAACUGCACAGAGACACCGUUUAGAAAAAGACGUUGACGAUAUGAAACAGAAAUUGUUCAGGUCAGAGCAGACACUGCAAGCCAGCCAGACAAAGGAAAAUGAUUGGAGAAAAAGGUUUGAGGAAAUGCAGAAAGAAAAAAACUGCUUAACCAGCCAGUUUGAUCACAGUUUAAUGAGAAUGAAUCAACUGGAAGAAGAUUUAAAAACUGCCAAACAAAAUCUUCUGCAAAGUCAUAGCCUGUCAGAAGACCUAAAAAAUAAAAACUUUGCUCAAGCUGAAGAAUUAAGUUGUCUAAGAAUAAAGCUGGAAAGACAGGACCAAUCUUUAGCACUAGAUUUGGAAAACAUGAGGAAAACAGUAUCUGAAUUGGAAAAGAUAAGAGAUUUAGCUCAAACUCAACUCCAGAAACAAGAACAUGAUCUGGACCAAAUAAAAAAUAGUCAGACUUUUAUGGAGAAAGAACGACAGGAUUUACAGAAUGCCAUUUUUGUAAAACAGAAAGAAUGUGAAGAUCUGAAGAGAGAGAAUGUUUUACUCUCUCAUUGGAAAAAUGAAAAUGAAAGUCUAAUAAAUAAUGUAGAGAAUGAAAAAUGCACUAUGUUAAAUACAAUCAGUGAGAUGGCAAAAAGUAUUGAAGCUCUUCAGAAUAACAGUGAAAAGCUAAAGAAUCUGGAAAGUGAGAAAGAAAAUAUGUCAAAACUGAUUGACACAUUCAAGGUUGAACUACAUGAAAAAUCUACAGCAUUAGAACAGAAGAACAAAGCCUACGAGGAAUUGCAAAGGAGAGCAGAACAGAUUGACCAGAAGCAUAGAAAAGAAUUAGAAAAUGCUUCACUACAGAUCUCUCCACUCCUUGCUCAGGUAGCAGACUUGGAAAUGAAGUUACAACUUGUGAACAGCAAAGCUUUGAAUCUGGAGCAGUCCCACAAUGAACUGUUGGCAGACUAUGAAAGUGUGAGUAAUUUUGCAAAGUCUAAAGAUUCCUUGAUUGAACUCAAGGAUGCAGAAAUAUUGGACCUUCAGCAUAAGCUUACCAAGAUUAAUGAAGAAAAGUGUGAUUUGAUUAAAGAACAUGAAAAAUGUCUUUUUGAAAAGACACAUGAAACCGAAAAGGCAAAGUUGGACUUAGAAAAGAAUCAACUGGAUGCAUCAUUCUUAAAAGAUCAAGUUACUUCAUUGGAGUCUUCCUUAAAAAUGCAGAAACAUCUAAAUCAUGAAUUGCAGAACAGAUUUGAUGAGCUUCACAAAGUUAAAGGUGAGCUGGAGUUGAAGUUAUCGGAGGCUGAAAACAGUCGAGAAGAACUGCUUGAAGAAAUUCAACAGCAGGCCAGUCAGGUCAAAUCUGCAGUUUUAGUUCAACAAAAAUAUGAUGUAUUAUUAUUAACUGUAGAGGAAAAAGAGAAUGUCUUACAGAAUUUGUCAAAUGAGCUUGACAGCAAAGUGGCAGAUUUGUUGCUGUUCAAAACUGAUAAAGAAGAGUUAAAGGCAUCAGUAGAAGAUGAGAAGAGUCAGUCAAGCAGAUUAAGAAAUGAAAAGGAAGAGCUGAUGGCAAAACUAUUAACUCUAGAAAAAGCAAUUGAAAAUAAUAAAAUGCUCCAGGACAUGUGUGAUACUUUGUGUCAAGAGAAAACAGAUUUGUUGAGAGAGAUUUCCAGCCUCUCUGAUUUAGUGACGGUAAAAAAAAAAGCUAUUGAUGAAAUGGUAAAACGCAACACUGAUUUAGAAGCUGCAGGACAAUGGUGUGCUGAACUUAAAAGUUCACUGGCAGACCUUCAAGAAAAACAUUCUGCUGUGAUGGAGAAUAAUGUAAACUUAGAAAGACAGCUGAAUGAAAAAUCAAGGAACAUCCUAUGUAAGGAGCAAGAAAUGGAGGCACUUGAAGGAAAGUGUGCAGGGUAUAUUUCCAAAAUAAAGGACUGUGAAGAAAAGAAAAGUCUUUUAAUGCAAGAGCUGGGGCAGUUACAGGCUUGCCUGCAAAGCAAAGACACUGAAGCAUCAGAUCAAAAGGAGAAACUAAGUCAAACAGAAAAUGACUUGGUACAAUUAAAAAAGGAUCUUGUGUUCACAAGCAAAGAGCAAAGUGAAUUGCAAGACUCGUACAAAAUAAUAUGUCUAGAAAAGGAAUGUUUGCAGAAACAGGUUACUGAUCAACAAAAUGAAAUACAGUCUUUAAGAGGUGGCAUCUGUGACGCUGUUGAGAAAUGCAUAGAGGAAGCCAAUCUUAAGACACAACUACUUGAAAAUAAGUUGCAUGCUGCAGAAGCUGAACAUGUUAAAAAUGUUAACACGUUAAAAGAAAAGGAAAAUAAUCUAAGCAAGAUUAAUAUGCAAUUGGAAAUACUUCAGAUGGAUCUUGAGGACAAGGAGGAUUGUCUGAACAAUUAUAGUACACAAAUAAAACAACUGCAUGAUUGUAUGAGUAUUCUGGAGAAGAAACUUGAGGAAAGUGAAUAUAAAAAUGCUUCUCUGCAGAAAGAAUUACAUUUGGCAAAAAAAGACAUCAAAGAGAAGGAUGCUGAAGUCUCACAAACUAAAGAGUUUCUACAAUCUUUGGAGGAUGCUCAUAAACAUAAUCAAAGCAUGAAAGAAAAAUAUACUGCUGCUCUUGAAGAAAUUGAAUUAUGUAAGUCUUCAUUGCAAGGGGAGUUUGAGAAGUACAUAGAGCUUGAGAAAAAGUAUGGUGAAUUACAAGCUGAUAAGUCAAGUUUAGAGGCUGCAGUUAGUAAAUCAAAAACUCAGAACUCAACUAUUGUUGGAGAGAACAAUAUUUUGAUGAAGAAUCUCCAGAAUCUAGAAAGUGAGAGAACACAAUGCCAGAAUGAAAGAGUUGCAAUUCAACAAAAAUUGUUAAAUCUGAAAGAAGAAAACCAGUCCUUGAAAUCACAACUUGCUGAUAAAGAAAAUGAUCUUCUACACACAUUGCAGUGCACUGCCGAACAACAUACCCCAUGCUGCAAGGAACAAAAAUUGCUAAAUAAAGAACUUGAAAAUCACCGUCUGGAACAAAAUAAAAAGCUUGCUUUGCUUCAGAAUGAACAUGGAAUAUUACAAGAACAGUACAGUAAUGUACUGUCUAAAGUAACUGAGCAGCAGUGUCUCAUUGAAAAACUCAAGGUGGUGGAGGCUACACUUUUGAUGAAACUGGAAGGAGAACAAAAUGUUUCUGAACAAAACUGUUUGGAGAAUUCAUUUGUCAGUAUCAGUUUACAGAAUGAAGAAGUUCAGGCUAUAGUAAAACACACUAACACACAGAAUGACAAAGCCACUGCAGAACAUGUAGGUUCUGAUAUCUUAAACAACAGUGCUUUGGUUGAUGAAUUAACCACAGAAGUAGCUCUUGCACAACAUAAACUGAAUGAGUCAAAAUUAUCUUCAACAAAUGCUGAAAAGGAAGUUCUUCAAGACGAAUUAAGUGUUCUUGAGACAUCUCUUCAAAGAGUUCAGUUUCAUCUUGUUGACCAAAUGACACAGUUGCAAUUAAAAACAGUGGUUCCAGAACCACAGUCGAAUGAAGAGCUUAAUAACCGGGACUUUGAAUCUGUAUGUAAAGACCAAAGUGAAUUAUUUACUGUAAAGGAUGAACUACAGAGAAAAAUGACAGAAUUCAAGAUGCUCUCUCAGACCUAUGAGGAUUCAAUACAAAAUCUGAAAGUACAAGUAGAAAACCAGAGAUAUGCUGCCAACAGAAGAAUUGAGGAACUGAACGAAUCAUUGUCCAGAGCAAGAAAUGAACUAGAACAGCUACAGCAGCAGCACUUCAGAGAAAUUAAGGAGUGGGAACAAAAACUGACGAAUAAGAAUUUGGAAAUGGAGACCAAGCUGGCUGAAGAGAAACUGCAUACCGAGUUCCUGUUGUCCGAAUUGGACACCACAAGGCUGCAAAUGCAGUGCUUAGACUUGAGCUCCCGUUCAUUGCUGUGUGAAGAUAAUGAAGAAAAUGUUUUACAGGCCUUCCAUGGUAAAGAGUGUGAACCUGUUUAUGCUGAUAGUUUAAUUGAAGGCUCCAAGAAGAAUGAAGCCAUGCCUACAGAGUUACAAAAGCAAAACCUAAGUACACAUUAUGAGACUGAGGAUUCUGAAGAGCAGAAUGAGACUAUUGAUGGGCUACUGUGUGGUGUGGAAAUUCUGAAAUUAGACGCAGAUACAUCUGUAGUUCAAGAGGGUCUGCUAGAGACUAAAACAGUCUCUGAAAAUCUUCAUAUUAACAUGCUCCAACAGUCUAAUGAAUACAUGCAGCUGGCCAAAGACUCAGAAGAAAACAAGAAAAAAGCCAGUGAUUUGUGUAAUGAAAUUGAAAGUCUGUAUUUACAGAUAGAUGUUUACAAAACAGAAAUUGCUUCUAAGACGAAUGUUUGUAUUGAGAUGCAAAGUAAGGUGCAAGAGAUUGAAGAGGAAAAAUUGUGUUUAAAAGAAAAAUUACAAAUAGCUUCUCUUAAGAACCAAAAGCUGGAUGACCGUGUAAGAGAACUGGAAGAAGAGGUGAACAAUUUUACUUCAAAACUACAGACGGAAAAGCUGAAGUUUUCAGAAGUGUCAGACAUGUUAGAAAGUCUAGAAAUGUCAAAAGGUGGUUGGGAUGAAAAGUUUCUUGAACUUGAAAAUGAACUUAAAAGAAUCAGAUCUGAGAAGGUGAAUUUGGAAAAACACAUCUUGUCUAUGGAAGUAGAUAUUGAGGACAUACAGGAUAAGAAACAAAAACUGGAGAAGGAACUUGAUUUAAGCCAGAAAGCAAGCACUAAUCUAGAAAAACAACUGAAUGUGGCUACCAAUGAAUUUAACCAACUGAACCAAGAGUUACUCGUGUGCACAGAAGAGAAGGAGGACAUUGAUCAAACAUUACAAAGGUUGAAAGAAAGAUUCAUAGAACUUGAAAAGGAUCACAUUUACUCUAAAGAGCUUAUAAAGGUUCUUGAAGCAGAAGUGAAAAAUCUAACUAGUCGUGUUCAAACUGCAACAUCUGAACUGGAGAAAGUGCAGGAGGAGAAAGAAAAUCACUUGGGACAACUAAAGGCCCUGGAACAGAACGUUGUAGUGGUAACUGAGGAAAAAGGAGAGUUACUUAAACAGUUAACUGAAGUUCUUGAAGAAAAAAUGACUUUAUCUAAAGAGUUUGAAGCUCUAGAAAGCAAGUUAAGAGCAGUAGAAGGUGGCAAUUCAAGACUGUCCCAAUCCCUAGAGUUCUCCCUUAUUGAGAAAGGUGAAAUAGCAUCAAGGCUAAAUUCUACCAAAGAAGAAGUUGCACAGAUGCGUAGUGGCAUUGAGAAACUGGGAAUAAGAAUUGAAGCUGAUGAGAAAAAGAGACGUCACAUGGCUGAACAACUAAAAGCAAGUCAGAGAAAAGUUGAAAAUCUUCAGGACAAAAUUAGUAAACUCCAACAGGAGUUGGAUAUGUCUGAAGGCAAUUUUGAAGAUGCAGUCCUUCAGGCAGAGGCAGCUAAAGCAGACAGGGAAGUUCUAGAAACUGAAAAGAAGGAUUUGUCAAACAGAAUAGAGAAACUGUGCCUGGAAGCUAAUACAUUUAGAUCUGAAAAAGAUGAACUUGAAAAGCAAUUGCUUCAUUUAAAAGAACAACUGAUAAAAAUUGAGAGUUCUAAAGCCACAUCUGAUACUGAACUGCUUCAGGCAAGCCAGAGAAAAAUUGAUUCGCUUCAGGAUAAAAUUGAAAAGCUUGAAAGGGAGUUAGAGAUGUCAGAAGGAAGUAUAGAAGAUGCAAUCCUCCAAGCAGAGGUUGCUAAGGCAGAGAGGGAAGUCUCAGAAACUGAAAAGGAAGAGUUGACAAACAAAAUUGAGAUAUUGUCUCUAGAAGUCAAAAUUCUUACUUCUGCAAAAGAAGAAUUUGAAAAAGAAUUCAACAAGAAGAAAGAAGAUUUAACACAAAUGGAGAUCUCCUAUAAAACUAUGUCUGAGACAUUGAAAAGGCAUGUACAGGAAAAUAAAGAAUUAGUCCAAAAUUAUGAAAAUAGUGUUAAAGCUCAGGAAAUGCAAGUGACUGAAUAUAUCAAAGAACUGCAGUUUUACAAAAAUGAGGUAGAAUCCUUACAAUCAAAGGAGGGGGAUUUGAUUGCUCAAUUGUCUUGCAUUGAAAAUAAAAAUAAACAGGCAUCCCAGCAACUUGUAAAAGCAGAAAAGAUUCAUACAGAACUACAGGCAACAAAUGUAAGCCUUAGAGUAGAACUUGAGGCACUACAGCUUAAAGCAAAUGAGGAAACCCGCAGCCUACAGCAGAGAGUUGUUGAAAUGCAUGCACUGAAGCAGAUAGUUGAAGAAAAGUUACCCAGCUUAGAAGCUGAAAAAGAGAGCUUGGAAAAAGAAAAAAGAGAUAUGCAAGCCAAUGCAUCUGAAUCUGAGCAGAGAAUGCAAGUUAUGGGAGCCAAGACUGAGGUGAUGCAGAUCACAAUUGAUGCAUUGGAACAUUCUGUUCAGCAGUUAGAAAAUGAGUUGAUGUCCUCAAGAUUACAAAGUUCUGGACUCUCUGAGCAGAUGAAUGGGCUAAGUGAAAACAACAGGAAGCUACAAACUGAAAUGAAUACUGUCAUUAAGAAGUCAGAGAAAAUGCAGGAGAAGUUUGAGUUGGAAAUACAUAUGCUGACUGCACAGCUGCAGACAGCUCAACAAAACGCGGACAGCUACAAGUUAUCUCUAGAGACAUCCACAUCUGAGAAAGAGGAGCUGCAGAGCAACAUGAUGAAAUUGGUGUUAAAGGAACAACAAAUGAAGGAUGUGGAAGGAGAGUAUAAACGGAGACUUAAAGAGAUGGAAGCUAAGGUUGAUGUUCAGGAGUCCAGCAUUGCCUUAUUUAAAAAAGAGAAGGAUUCUGCGCUAAGCAAAAUGCAACUGUGGAUGAAAUCCUGUAAACAGCUUGAGAUGGAUAAAGAAACAUUGCAGAAAGAAAUUGAACAGAAAGAUGAUUGUCUUAAAGGUUCUGACUCUAAUGUAGAAGAACUACAAUCAAAGUUAGAAGAGCUAAAAGAGGCUUUGGAGGAAAAGACUAAAGAAGCUGAUGACAGCAUGGAAAAGUAUUGUAGCAUGAUGAUUAACCUUCACAAACUGGAAGAAACCAAUGAGAUGCUAAAGAACAGAGUUGCUUUGCUGUGCAGUCAGGUUUUGCCACCCAAACAAGAUGAACCAGCAAGUGCAGCUCAGCAUAACAAUGAUCCUAAACUAGUGGAUAAUGUAAAACCAUUAGAGAAAAUAUCCUCGCCAAGGGUACAAUCUCGGUUAUCCACCAAGAGGCAGAGGGCAUCAGAGAAUGGGAAAAAUGAGAACCAGUUUAAAUCGGAUGGCAUAGAGGGUGAUAAAAAGAGAAUCAAAGCAUACGUCACUCCCACUGUUGCCCAUCGCUCAACUACUGAUGAUGUAGAAUUCCAGCCUGAGGGACUUCCAGAUGUGGUAAAGAAAGGGUUUGCUGAUAUCCCAACAGGAGAAAUGAGUCCUUUUAUAAUUCGUAGAACUGUACUGCGGUCCAGCCCACGUCUUGCUGCAAGGAGAUCCCCUGCUAUCCAGUCUGCACUCAAAGGAUGCUUAGAAAGCCCUGCUCAAAACUCUAAAUCUUCAGCAGGGGGCAGCAAACAACAAAAAGUAAAUGAGACACCAGAUUGCUCUGCAGAGUCGCAUCCUGAUCCAGCUGUAUCCGUUCCUAGGACACUACUGUCUUCCAUAACUAACAGUCCAAAGAAGUUUGGUUUUGAGAGUCCUGUGAGCAAUAUAGAAACUAGAAAAGGCAAACGUUCCCUAAGCACAAAGAAAUCGCCUGAACAAAGAGAGAAACACAGACCAAUUGUGGCUGCCUCAAAGCAAGAUGAAAACUGUCAAGUACAGUAAUAACUGAGUCAUGUUUAUCAGACUAUAAAAAAAUAAAAUGUUUUAGUUUGGUUUUCCUCUAGGAAAUAAACAUACCAUUUUUUAUUUAGUUUUAAUCACAUUGUACAGAAGAUGACUGUAAAUAAGUUUUCUACAUACAAAAUACUUCCUAGAAAUGGGUGUGGCACUAAAAAAGCAUUACCUACGCAUUUUGAGCAUUUUAGGCUCUCUUAUGAAAAAUUAAUUGGCUUGUAAUUCUUUUGAGGGAAAAUAACUACUUUGUUAUAUUUAGAACAAUUUAACUACUGUUAAUGUUACAAUAUACCAAUAAUGCAUUGCUUUUAUAUUAGUUUUUUUUUUGUAAUAGA